AUGAUACGUUUGGAAAGUAAGGUGGCAAUUGUCACCAAUAUGGACCAGUGCUCAAAUCGAAUGAUUGCAAUGGAAUUGGCGAAGCUUGGUGUCAAACUAUUACUGACCGGCGAUAAAGAGCAAAAUGUUUCUAAAAUGGUCACCGAUAUUGUUAAAAACGGAGGGCAUGCAAUUGGAAUCUCAAAAGGGGAUGUUGUUCAGACGGCGAUACUUCAACAUGGUCGCGUUGACCUUCUUGUGGUGUAUGUCACGUAUCCAGACACGUCGUGCUAUUCGAAUAUCAGCGCAAAAGACUGGCUGAAACUAUUCUCAAAAAACUUCAUUGAGAACUUUGCGAUUGUCAAAAAUGCGUGGCCGUACAUGGAAAAACAAAAGUUUGGCCGAAUAUUGUUCACAACGUCAAGAGCGAAAUCGGCUGGGAAACAUGGCGAAAACAGUGUUGCCGCUGCGCAAAGCGCAAUUCUGGCAUUUGCGAAAACACAUUUUAAUGGAAACAAAUCGGCAAAUAUCAUUUAUAAUACAUUUGUCCAAGUCUACAAUGAUAUUGACAAUGAUGAUACAAAGGCUCAAUCGAAGAAGGACAAUAUUAUCACAAUGGCUACAUUGCUUCUUCAUGAUUCGGUGAAGCAGAAUGCUCAAAUGUUCGAGAUUGCAGACGGGUGGUAUCGAAAAGUGCCCACCACCGAAAUUAAUGCCAAUAUAAAGGAUUAUAAGAAAGGAAGAAUCUCGAGAAGAUCUGCCUCAAAUACUGCCACUCCAGAAAUCGAUAAUGGCAAUUUGGGAUGUCUUGUGGAGCCAACUCUCACUACGAAACGUCUUUUGAAUACGGUGCUGAAUGGAGAGAAUAAAAAAGAGUCCUCGCAAGACCAAAACAAUGGGGAGUCCACUUCGAAAGCCAUUGAAUUUGAAAAAAAUGUUCCAAAAUUGUAUAUUGGCAACGUCGACAUGGAUGUACGAUCAGUAAUCACUGUCCAGGAAGAGACCUUUUUCACGAUCCUCGAAGGUUUCCUGAUUGGAGAGAAAAUUGCCAUGACCGAUUCAAUCAAAAGUGUGCUCAUCGAAAAUAUUAAGUGCAUUCUGAGCAUCGGAAAAAGAAAAUCAUAA